AUGAGUUCGGAGAUGGUGUUUCACGAACUAUCCACAGAUGAGUCAAAUCUCAAUUCCGCGACUCCCAAAUCGCGUUCCGAAACGCCGAUCGUUAAAUCCGCCGGAGGUCGUAUAGCCAAGGACCGUCAUAUUAAGGUAGACGGAAGAGGCCGUCGUGUUCGGAUGCCGGCUCUAACCGCCGCUCGGAUUUUUCAGCUGACUCAUGAGCUCGGUCACCGAUCUGAUGGAGAAACCAUCGAGUGGCUAUUAAGACAAGCCGAACCGUCGAUUAUUGCGGCUACUGGAACCGGAACAGUUCCGUCGGAGCCAAUCUCUACGUCGGUGGGACUUGCGGCGGUUGAGUCUUCGUCAAACGAAGGGCAAGUGAUGUUCGCUACACUCGCGCCGCAAACGCAGAUGCAACCGCAACAAACGUUGUUUAAUCAACCGCCGAGUUGCUGGUUAGAUCUAAGUCAGCCAAUCGGAGUUCACUAUUCCGUGAAUGGUGGCAAUCAUAUGCCGUUCACGGCGAUGCUUUUACAGCCGAUGACGACGACGGCGGAAGCGGCGGAUUCUGAUGUUUUUUAA